UUGGGGCAAGACGGUCUUUACUCAUGUAAACACACGUGCGCCUGCCGUGUGAGCCUCCCUGAUGUGCUGUCGUGGAAAUACUAGCCUGCUCGGUCCCAACAAACCCCCAAGAAGAAAUACUACCCAAUUGUUUACAGUGUACCAACAACUAUAGCUACGGGAGUUCUUAAUGGCAAAGAUGGCAAAGCAACAGCAGCAGCAGCAGCGGCAUCGGCAGCACCAACACCAGCAGAAGCAUCGGCGGCAGCAGCAGCAGCAGAAGCAUCAGCACAAGAAGAAUGACAAGCCACAAAAUUUUGUAAGGUCUGAAGUUAAAGAUGGUGUGCGGAUCACCGAAUUCAAGGUCAACCAAAAUGCAAAAGCAAACAGACGACCACAAUUCAAGGGAAGAAAAGUUGUACCUUCUAAUUUGCUACAAAAAUACACCAAAGGUGAAGGUGUUCAGCUGAAAGCAGUUGGACGGAAAAAUUCAUAUAUUCAAAAAAAGAUAAAGAUGAAGGAGAAGAGGAUAAAAUAUGCAGAAGAGGAAUCAGCAAGGGCAGAAAUUUUGCUCCCAGAAUCCAAGGGCCAGUUGGAAGCAGAGGAAGGCACAUACACCUCACACAUAACACAGACAGAAAUCAAGAAAGCAGUGGACAUUACAACAGCUGCUAAAAGUUUUGAUCUUAACCUUGAUCAGUUUGGACCUUACAAAAUGCAAUUCACGCAAAAUGGACGACACCUUUUGUUGGGUGGAAGGAAAGGGCAUUUAGCAUCCUUGGACUGGAUUACUAAGAAACUUCAUUAUGAGAUAAAUGUGAUGGAGUCUAUCCAUGACGUGUGUUGGCUGCACACUGAGCUAAUGAUGGCAACAGCCCAGAAGCAGUGGGUCUACAUAUAUGACAAUCAAGGCAUUGAACUUCAUUGUCUCAAGAAAAUGGAUAGAGUACUCAAAUUGGAAUUCCUCCCAUAUCACUUUCUUCUGUGUUCUGGUAGUGAGACAGGAUUUCUUACCUGGCUAGAUGUUACUCUUGGCAAGGAGAUCAUUCGGACCCCAACACACAAGGGACGUCUAGAUGUGAUGUGUCAGAACCCAUACAAUGCUGUGCUGUGCUGUGGUCAUCCCAAUGGCACUGUUAGCAUGUGGACACCCAAUGCUCCAGAGCCUGUAGCUUCCAUCCUGUGCCACCCCCAUCCUCUGCGAGCCAUUGAUGUAGACUACACUGGCAAGUAUAUGGCAACGUUGGGAGUCGACAGACAAAUGAAGAUCUGGGAUGCACGAAAUCUUGGGCAGUGCCUUCAGGACUACACCAUCGGCUCUGGUGCCUCAAAUGUUGCUUUCUCCCAUAAGAAUCUACUUUCUGUGGCCAUCGGGAAUAUUGUAGAGGUUUACAGAAAUGUUACGUUGGGUGGCACUAAUCAAGCUUACAUGCGACACAAGGCUGGCAGCAUGAUUACUGACAUGCAGUUUUGCCCCUAUGAAGAUGUUCUUGGAAUUUCUACUUACAAGGGCUACUCAAGUCUUAUAAUCCCUGGUUCUGGGGAGCCAAACUUUGAUGCUCUGGAAGCUAAUCCCUACAUCAGUAAAUCAGGAAGGAAAGAAGCUGAAGUUAAGGCUCUUCUCUCCAAGGUUCCUGCAGAUCUCAUCACUUUGGAUCCUCUCAGUAUUGGGCAGGUUGAUACCCCAACACUCAAAGAAAAACUGGAAGCAAAGAAAGCUCUUCUGUAUGUUAGAAAACCCAAGGUAGAUUUUACUCCACGGUAUCGCAUGAAAGGCAAGAGUGGCUCAUCCCAGAAGUUUAAACGUAUACAGAAAGUAAGAGAAGACACACAGCGAGAAUACUUGAAGGCAGCAUACACUCAGAGGAAAGAGCUGGGCCUUGGCAAGAAGAAGAAACAACAGAAAGAGACAAAACCAACAGAAGUUCUUGAUCGAUUCAAGCCAAAGAAAAAGGUUAAAUAGUCAUGAUUAUCUCCAGGAAUGUAAAUAUUUUGUGUUUUAUUACUAUAAGGAUUGGAAGUUGAAGGCAGUCAGCAGCAAGAAGCUAAAACACAGUGAUCCAUACCAGCGGCUGGACAGUGAAGCUGUUGAAUUGGAUUCUUCUAGUAAGUUGAAUUCAGUCAGUAAUGGAGUUGAUAUAAUUGAGGUUUCCAGUAAGGUGUAGAGUAUUUUUACUACCAUGGAAGCAGAGAUUUUAUACUGGAGUUUAAUAAAGAAAUGUAUGGGAAUGUAGAUGUUUGCAAACGCACAUUGUUUUUCAAAGCUGAUCCGUCAGCUUUUUGUCAUUAUCAUCAGGAGCACUCACCAUUAUCAUUAACACUUCUUCAUACACUAAGCAUGAAAUCAUAGUAAUCAUCAUUUAUGAUAUAUAUGUCAGGCCAAGAAGUUACUGAUUGUUUUCCAUUAUUUCAUAAUUUUUUUCCAAAAUAAAAUGACCUGAAAUA